GUCAACGUUCUCUAAAUUAUGAGUUAAUUGAAAUCUAAAAGGCGGUUUCAUACAAUCUGAACUGUUUCACACCUAAUUCAAGGAACUGCCUUUAAAGAAAAAACAUCGCUCGUGACUACAUUGUGCUUUUUUUUGAAUUGUCUAUAAUCUUGAAGGGAAUUGCAGCAAAGACUGGAAACCCUGUUUUGGAGCGUGUUCAUUGACACGACUGACAUUAUUUCUUCUUUUUGAGCAUUUUUUCUUUACUGCUUACGUUCUGAAUCUCUCAUAUUUUCGUUGGAGACACAAUUUGCCGCAGAAAACUACUUUUUUUUGUUUUAUACGUUUCAUACGUUUCAUACGUGCUCUUUCCUUCACAAAACAACAUAUAUUCUUGCAUUUCGUAACACUAUACAUCCCCCUCUCUGUUUUUUCGCCGUCCUAUCCGGGUUAAUAUUCGUUCUGCUGUCAUGGAUGACCUUUUUGGAACGCUUGAUAAUGAAUCGGCCGUACUUGAAGACGCAAAAGUCAUACCAAGACGCCGCAGAGUCACUCGUGCGUGUGAUUCCUGCCGCAAAAAGAAAAUCAAAUGCGACGGUACACGACCUUGCCGGAACUGCAAGUACUCGAAUACUGAAUGCACUUUUCAGUUUCCUUCCAGCAGAAAAUCUCUGUUUUCCUUAGAGUACCUGGAAAAACUGGAAUCAAGGGUUCGGUAUUUGGAACGGCUACUGAAAGAACACACGGACGUAAAUCUUUCGAAAGAUGCUCCCAACUUUCUAGCUUUCAUACGACAACACGACUUUGCAGAAACAUGUGAGCUGGAAUCAGAUAAAUACAAAGAGACUGCGCGUUUUGUCCCGCUGUCAAGUUCUGGUGAUUGGUUCCAUCACCCAGAUUCUAAUAAUCGAUACUACAGAGGCGGUUCUUCAACGGAGCUGUUCCUCCGCACACUUUUUGCCGAGCUUCCCAACGGUUGGCGUGUCACUGAUCCCAGCUCCUUCUAUGCUUUCAUCUGUAAUGAUAUGUAUAUCGAUGUUAGCGACAUGCAAGCUCAGUUUUACGUUCGUUGUCCCAGAAUAAGCCCCGGCUUCCAAUUAUUAAGUGUUAAUGUUCGCGAUCUUGACUUGCCUUCUCUCGAGGAAACGCUUCAUUAUUCUGCAAUUGCUAUGAAUACGGCCAAUAGCACUGCGUGCUAUGUGAGUUGCUCUGCCUUUGAACGGAAGGUUCAUCAACUGUAUGCUGGUGAAUACGACCGUGCGUUCCUGCCUUUACUUGCCGCUGUGCUCUGUUUAGGAUAUUACGACGCACACGAACACGAUCCACAAAAUCAACGACUUCAGCAGGAGGCCCAACGGUACUCAUACAUUGCCGAACGUUUGGUGAAUCCUAUCGACGUGUGUACUAUUGAAACUGUGCAAGUUUUGUUGUUUCAGUCCAUGUACCGCUACAGCCGUUCGGAAGUAAGUGCUUGCUGGAUGUACCUGAAGAAUGCUCUUAGCUGCUCCCUUCGCCUUGGAAUUCAUCGAAACUUGGUUGAAGGGCUUUCGCUUAAGGAAAUUGAAAUGCGGAGGCGCGUCUUUUGGGCUCUCUACUGUUACGACAGACAUAUUUGCACCAUCAUGGGUUUCCCUCUGGGCAUUUCUGAUGAGGACAUAGACCAAGUGCUUCCCGACUAUUCUACCUCUGACAAUCUCGCUGAUGUUAAUGGCAAUAUAACCAAGGACAAGCAUUCCCAAGAUUUCUACACCAACGGCAUUCAAUUAUACAAAAUUGCUAGCCUUAUUUUACGAGAAGUGUAUUCUCCCACAAGACGGCGCGCUAAUAACGGUUCUAUUUCCUGCACGGCGAUAUCUGAAAUUGAAAAGAAAAUGGAUCAGUUUUUCAACAAUCUUCCCCGUCAUUUACAGGAAAAGGCUAACGAUGUUUAUUACGAAAAGUGCAACAGACUCAUGUACGGCCUGCAAACCGUCUACUAUUCCUACCGAAUCUUACUGUACCGGCCGCUACUGCAUUAUCUAAAUUUCCACAGUGAAGCAAUGCGUUCGUUAAAGCGAUUCGAAAAACAAACUGCUUUCAAUUACGCGUGCAAAUGCGUGGAUGCCGCAGUAGUCGCUGUACAGAAUUUGACCUUCCUCGUAAAAGAGGCGAGUAAGACGUACGAUCGGCAUUACUGGACCGCCUUUUUCAACGGGUACAAUGCAAUUGUAACCCUGAUUUAUGCUGCUGUUAUCACGAGAAACGAAAAUAUGCUUGUAUAUAUUCGACAAGGCCGUGAAACGCUAAGCCGGACAUCGCGAGAUUGGCUCAACAAAAACACCAUCUCGUUGCUGGACAAAAUGAUUGAGAGUUUGGAAACAGUGCUCUCCAAGAAGCGAUCUAAGCACAAGAAACUACUACCUGUCCAAACCGUAACCGACAUCAAACCGCCCAACACACAGUACACCGAAAGCAUUCUUUCCGACGGCAGUGGCAGCGGUAGUGGUUCUCUUAGCGAUCCCAGCCCAAUUGACACUGGUAUGCUGCCGAGUAUGCUCAAAUACCACGAGCAAGUCAUUACCGUUCAUCAUCCUUCCUUCUACACAACCAGGAACAAACUAACGCCUUGUGAAAAUGCUAAUCUUUCACCCUUGGAGACUGCUCUUCCACCCUUCACUACUCCGUAUCCUAAAGCUCCCGAUAAUUCAGGGUCUUGGGGAGAAUAGUUAAUGAACCAUUCCAAUAAAAAAAACACAGUUUGCAGCAAGCGCCGGAUACUGUAGUGUAUUAUAUUCAAGGUCAUUAGUAAGACAAUGGGGAAUAAGCAUCCUAGUUUUGAAAGGUUCAUGAAAGUAAGUUGAAAAGAUUAAC